AUGUACAGCUCUCGAUUCACCUCAGGCUCCGACACAUCUGACUCAGAAGUGAUCAUUACAAGCAGAAGUGCUGCAGAAUUCAAUUCAGCUGAUACACUGCUUUGGGAUCCUGCCUUGAACAGUACCAGCAAUGACGGAGAAUCGCACAUUGGCUCUGAUACGAUUUUACUUUCUGACUCAGAAGAGGGCCCAGGAACAUCAACAUCUGCACUGGAAACUCCAUGCUAUAGGAAAUACACACAACUCUAUGCACCUCUUGUAGAAGAGGAACAGGAGGACUCUGGCAGUGAUAAGGAGAGUAGUAACGCUCAAAAUGAUGCAGAGGUGGAACAGCCUUCUGUGUCAGAGGUCAUCGCAAACCUGGCACUCCAGAUCGAUCGCGGCGCUGUCAACAGAUUUAACAUCUGCCGAUCUGACAUCUGGGAUGGAGCUGUGAGAGGGUUCAGAAGAGGAACAUUUGCUGAAACAAACGAUCUCCUUGUGAAGUUCUCUGAUGAUGAAGGCAGAUUUGAGGAAGGUCUCGAUACAGGUGGCCCAAAAAGAGAAUUCCUCUCCCUUUUGAUGAAAAGGCUAAACAAACGACCCAUAUUUGAUGGUCCGGAACAGAGCCGCUACCUUGUCUACAAUUCAACAGCAAUCAGAGAGGAUGAAUACAGUUUGGCAGGGAAGAUGAUUGCCAUGUCUAUUGUACAUGGUGGACCUGGCCCAAAUUUUCUUUCAAAAGAUGUGGUCAGCCACAUCUCAGGGCAGUCCAGUUUCAAUCCAUCUAUAGGCGACAUCACAGAUGAAGAAAUAGGGAAAGUGCUACAACAGAUUGAGGUUGCAUCCACAUUGGAGAGCCUGCGAGACCUGAUAUUCCAGAACAGCACCAUGUUGCAGACUGCAGGGUGUUUUAAACGUGUUGUGUCAGUGGAGGAAAAACACUCAAUUGUUAAGGAGUACCUUAGAUGGUAUAUAAUUGACAGGAACUACACAGCAAUUGACAGGUUCAAAGAUGGACUUGCCAGUCUGAAGUUUCUAACAGCACUGCAGCAGCAUCCUGCUGUCCUAACUCCUGUUCUCUGUCAUUCAAAUCACAAAUUAACUGCGACAGACAUGGAAAACCUAUUCCAACCCCACCUCAGUCCUGUGGGAAGCAACAUGAGGGUCCUGGAGAACAAAGCAAGAAGUUUCUGGGCAGAUUACCUUCUUGACUGCGAAGGUUAG